AUGCCCCUUGGUGCAUCAAAUUCGUCUUCAAAUGAAGCAUGUGCUGGCACCAAUAAUCCAGAAAGUCGGCGUCCUAGUACUGAAAAUCGUAGAAGAAGCAUUGAAAGUAACUUAACAUCAUCAUUAGAGAACGAGUCGAAUUUUUCCCAAAUCAAAAAUAAGGAUCACUUGAAAAUCCCUUCUGUGUUUUUAAAUGAAGGUCUACCCUUACUUAAAUUCUCCCAUAAAUCAAAGAAGAGAAUAUACAUUAACUUCGAUCCCCAUAGUCUUUUAUUUUCCUGGAAAAGUGCUCCAACGUCGGCAUCGAUGCUUACUUCUACCAGUAGACUACUUAUGCCUUCAACUUCCCAUACUCUGAAGUCAAAAACCUACGAAUUUUCAAUAGACGAAAUAAAAAGUAUCACUUAUCAAAGUGACGCUUCUAAUUACAGAGAAGAGCUUCAUGUUUCCAAGAAAUUUGAAGAUCAAUGGCUUUCAAUGAUAUACUAUGAUAAUAAAAAGAAAAAAUUGAAAACUUUACAUGUUAUUGCAGAUACCCAGCACGAUUUUAAAAAACUAGUAGCAGUUAUAGAAAUUGCCACUAGAUUGAAAAACGACUUGACUAGAAAUUUUUUCAUUGAUUAUGAAGACGCUGAUGAUUUGAAGAAAAGUAUUGUUAUGGGGAAGGCUAUCGAGGAGAAAGACAAACAAGUUAAAGAAUUCUUAAGUUUCAAUGAUAUUUUGAAAUAUCUGAAAAGGCUUAACAUUAACAUAAAUCCAAACUAUUUGGAGAAGAUUUUCAAUCAACAAUCUUCUCUGCUACCUGUUUCAAAAAAUGUUAAUUUUACUUCCUCACCCACCACUUGCUUAAAUUUUGAACAGUUCAAAGAAUUCGUUUCUAUCUUGAAAACAAGAGAAGACAUUAAUUAUAUUUGGCAAAACUACUGUGAUAAGUUCUCGCAUGUGAUGUACAUUAAUCAUUUCAAAAAAUUUAGUUUAGAAGUUCAAAAUGAAUCCUAUUCCAACGAAAAUUUGACUAAAAUUUUUAGGAAGUUCAGUGGGACAUCAAAUGAUUUUUGGGUACCGGAAAAUCUUAACAAUUAUUUAUUAUCAAAAUAUAAUACGCCCUUCAAAGAUGUUGACUCUGAUGAAUCUUAUUUUGAUCAUCCUUUAAAUGAGUAUUUCAUAUCUUCAUCUCAUAAUACCUACUUAAUGGGUCGUCAAGUUGCUGGAGAUUCUUCAGUGGAAGGGUAUAUCAAGGCAUUACACAGGGGAUGUCGAUGCGUGGAAAUAGACGUUUGGGACGGUACAAACGAUGAAUUGGGGGACCUGGUAAGUGAACCCAUAGUAAGUCAUGGGCAUACUUUUACCACCGAGAUUUCAUUUGAAAACGUGAUAAAAGCAAUCAAGAAAUACGCUUUCAUUACCUCGCCUUAUCCUUUAAUUAUCAGUCUAGAAAUCAACUGCUCCAUAGAAAACCAAUUGAAAGUUGUUCAAAGUUUAAAAGAUAUUUUGCGAGAGACUUUAAUCACCGAACCUCUUGACGACACAAAUUCGCUUCCAACUCCAUUGCAGUUGAAACAUAGGAUACUUGUCAAAGCCAAGAAGACCAGUCCUUUUACAAACCUUGUGGGGAAUGAUAUUGGCAAUAUUAUGUCCACCAGCACUACGACGUCCUUCAGUGAAGAUAAUAGCACCAAUAAUGGAACGACUCCAAGCAGAAGAUCGUCUUUUUCUAGUUUAAAAAGGAGACGAAAAGGAGCUAAAAUAUCUGACCAACUUAGUGACUUGGGGGUGUAUCUUCAAGGUAUCAAGUUUCGAAAUUUUUCCUUACCCGAAUCAAAAACAUUUAACCAUUGUUUCUCCUUGAGUGAAAAGUCAUUCAACAGCAUGUUGAAAGACCCUGUCAAGCAGUCCUCAAUAGAUAAACACAACCGAAAAUAUUUCAUGAGAAUAUAUCCUUCCAAAAUGAGACUACGGUCUUCGAAUUUCAUUCCGAUACAAUACUGGUCCCAUGGCUCUCAAAUGGUAGCUACUAAUUGGCAAACUUAUGAUUUGGGUCAACAGAUCAAUGAGGCCAUGUUUGAAUCAGUCCGUAAAAAGGGUUUUGUACAUAAACCUCUUAAUCUAAGAAAACCAUUGCUAAAAUCAGAAAAACAUCCAAUGGAAGAUACAAAAGAGUAUAAGUUUAAUAUCGAAAUAAUAAGUGCACAUCAACUCCCGAAACCGAAAAAUACCGUUCUCGCCAUAAACCCUUUCAUCACUUUUGAAAUCAUUGGAGCCCGAAACGUCUUUUGGGAUCCUGAUUCAUGUACUCUGAAAACCCCAAUGGUCUCGGAAAACGGAUUCAAUCCGAUUUGGAAUUCGACUUUCAGUGGGAAAAUCGUCAGCGGAAACGAGUUAGUCUUCAUUAGACUUCUUGUCAAUUCCUCAUCGUCUUCAAAACCAGAAGAAGUUACUACUCUUGGGAUCUUUGUCUCCAGACUAUUCGAUCUAAAAACUGGCUACAGAUAUCUUCCGAUCAACGACUUAUUCGGUGAGGAAUUGGUUUAUUCCUCUCUUUUUCUCAAGAUAAACUACGAACAUGGCUCUUAG